CGUCUGUCAUCAUUAAAUACCAUAAAUUAAUUUGGUUUGCUGCUAAACUAACUCCAAAAUUUGGGCAAACAUUAAGUAGCCCUUGGAUCAAGCUUAAUUUGUGCAGAGAUAAGAUGCAAGGAAAAUGAAAAUGGCAGUUUUGUUUGAUGCUAACUGAUUCUUGAUCCGCCAUUAGUCCACCAUUAUUCCUUCUUCAUUGUUUAAAAAUCUUUGAAUUUCAAGACCUCUUUCUUCUCCUUCACCACACAUUAGACCAUUAGUCCACCCCCCAAAUCUCUCUCUUUCCUUCUCUCUCUAAUCGUUCAUCCCUUAAUCAAUUGUCAAUCUUUCUUCUGUAGAACCAAAGGGAGAAAGGAAGAAGAAGGAAUACCCUCCACCACCAACAACCGUUUCCUCCAAGAAACCAUAAAGAUUCCCAAAAUUGACGCACCCAGUUUUCAUCUUUUCUUCAUUUGCCAAUUGCCACCACCGACUAGAAUCUGUUUCUUGAAAAUAGGAACCAAAAGAUUGUGCCUUUCGCGCAUAAUAACCCUAGCCAAGUUUCAAGAAAAUCUGGGCAAGUUUUCAGAUUGGAUUCUGAAUGUCCCAGAUGAAGCACAUUGACGAUAUUCCGACAUCCCCGGGGAAGUUCAAGAUGGAGAAGCCUCCUUAUAAUAGACUCAGGCUUCAUUCUUCCCUUUCCAGGCUCACCUUGUGGUCCGUCGUGUUCUUGGGCGUGAUCUACUUGCUGUUCUUCAGAUCAUCGUCUUCUUCCCCGCCUGCCACAUCAGAUCUCUUCCGGCGGUCUCUCAGGACCAGCUCCUACGGCGGCGCAGCUUGGGAGAAGAGGAUUAGGGCCUCCGCCAAGGUCAGAUCAAGAAAUGGUUUCACUGUUUUGGUCACCGGCGCCGCCGGCUUCGUCGGAACCCACGUCUCGGCUGCUCUGAAACGCCGCGGAGACGGCGUCGUGGGGCUCGAUUGUUUCAACGAUUACUACGAUCCCUCAUUGAAACGCGCCCGCCAAGAACUCCUAGAGCGCGCGGGGAUAUUCAUUGUAGAAGGGGACAUCAACGAUGUCGCCCUCUUGAAGAAGCUUUUCGAGAUUAUUCAGUUUAGCCACGUUAUGCAUUUGGCCGCACAGGCCGGUGUGAGAUAUGCAAUGCAGAAUCCAGGCUCAUAUGUGCAUAGCAAUAUUGCUGGGCUUGUUAGUCUUCUUGAGGUCUGCAAGAGUGCUAAUCCUCAGCCCUCAAUCGUGUGGGCAUCUUCGAGUUCCGUUUAUGGAUUGAAUUCCAAAGUUCCCUUUUCAGAAAUGGAUAGAACAGACCAGCCUGCAAGUCUUUAUGCUGCAACCAAGAAGGCUGGCGAGGAAAUCGCCCAUACAUAUAAUCAUAUCUAUGGGCUCUCCUUGACUGGAUUGCGGUUUUUCACAGUUUAUGGACCGUGGGGGAGGCCAGACAUGGCUUACUUCUUUUUCACCAAGGAUAUCCUGAAAGGGAAGUCGAUUCCCAUAUUCGAGGCUCCUAAUCAUGGCACUGUAGCCCGGGAUUUCACCUACAUUGACGAUAUAGUGAAGGGUUGUUUGGCAGCUUUGGAUACUGCAGAGAAGAGUACGGGUAGUGGUGGGAAGAAGAGGGGUCCUGCUCAAUUGCGAGUGUUCAAUCUUGGGAACACAUCGCCCGUGCCUGUUUUGGAUCUCGUAAGCAUUUUGGAGAGAUUGUUAAAGGUGAAGGCGAAGAGGCAAAUAAUGAAGUUGCCAAGGAAUGGAGAUGUGCAGUUUACACACGCGAAUAUCAGCUUGGCGCAGAGGGAGCUUGGGUAUAAACCGACGACUGAUCUUCAGACGGGGUUGAAAAAGUUUGUACAUUGGUACCUCAAUUACUAUGGCGAUGGAAAGAAGAGUGCCCAGUGAUAACAUUCUUCUUUCCAACUCUGGGUAGGACCAUUCGAUUCUCGUCUCCUUUGAUUCUUAUGAUUGUUUUUGACCUAUCCUCGUUACCCCUCCUUUUAUCUUGCUUAGUAUAUCUGAAUUGUGAACGAUGCUGUAAAAGGACCGAGCUUGUCUGAUCCCAUGAUGAAGAAAGUGAAAGUUUGUGGACAAUACACUGGAUGGAUACAUAUUGUUUUGCUUGCUGGGAAUACGUUAUGGUCUGUAUCAAAUCGAAUUCGUACCCAUUUUUGGUCCUCCUUGGAAUGUAAUCCUUUUAUCAUUGUAGAAUUCUUUACUAAUAGCAGAAUUGCUUAUUGGACAUAAAUCAUCAUCCUCAUAAAUUUCAAAUAAAGUAGCACAUUAUUGUCCAUCCAUC